UAUAUUUAACCAUCAAUGAGUUCCACUUAUUUCUACAUUUUCCUUACAGACCCGGUUUAUAUUUCUUUCCAUGAUGAGGAAUGGGGAGUUCCAGUUCAUGACGACCGGAAGCUAUUUGAGAUGCUUGUUUUAUCUGAAGCAUUAGCUGAACUCAGCUGGCCAACUAUUCUUAACAAGAGAGACAUAUUCAGGGAAGUUUUUGACAAUUAUGACCCCACAUCUGUUGCAAAUUUCACUGAGAAGAAGAUCCUGGCUCUGAAAGCAAGUAGCAGCACCUUGCUAUCAGAACCAAAACUUCGUGCAGUUGUGGAGAAUGCUAGGCAGAUGAUUAAGGGUGGCAAAGCAGAAGCAGCCUGAGUUGAAACUUGCGGAAGGCUAUUGUGGACCAUCCAAACUAAAGGUCACUGGUUGGGUCAGGUUAUGUCUAAACGAAAUAUAACGCAAAUGAAUCGACCCAAACAUGAAUUUAACACAAUCCAGUAAAAUAGCCCACCCCCCCACCCCCCGGACCUCAAAA